CUGCCGGCCUCCGGGAUGUGUAACUGAAGUUCACUCAUGACUAGAGGUAAAUUUUUCCUGGAGUUCCCAGUGGGAGACGGUAGGCUUCUCUGCCCACAGUAAAGAUGUCCACUAAGCGUCGGGGGUUCUGGGUAAAUGGAGGGGACCACCGUGUUUGCCUCAGAGCCCUGCCUCAGAGUUGACUGCCGCUUUGUGGGGUUGGGAGAGUGGGCCGGCCUUCUCCAGUCGUGAACGGCGGAACGCUAGUGCCGCCCCCAAUACUGACCAAUCAGAACGAAGAAGAGCUGGGAACCAGAUAGCAAUUGGUUGAAGGAUUUGAGCCAAUCGGAGGAGCCGCGAUUUGGCGGGAGUCUUGACUGAAGGCGGGGCUCUCCGCAGCUCACCCGAGCUCAGGGUGCCCAGCGGCCGUGGCUAUGUUUGUGUCCGACUUUCGCAGGGAGUUCUAUGAGCUGGUCCAGAGCCAGAGGGUCCUUCUCUUCGUAGCCUCGGACGUGGACGCCCUGUGCGCUUGCAAGAUCCUCCAGGCCCUGUUCCAGUGCGAUCACGUGCAGUACACGCUGGUCCCGGUCUCUGGGUGGCAAGAACUCGAAACCGCGUUCCUUGAGCACAAAGAGCAGUUCCGUUAUUUUAUUCUCAUAAACUGCGGAGCUAACGUAGACCUGCUGGACAUCCUGCAGCCUGACGAGGACUCUGUGUUCUUCGUGUGCGACACCCACAGACCCGUGAACGUGGUGAAUGUGUACAACACCACCCAGAUCAAAUUACUCGUCAAACAAGAUGACGACCUGGAGGUUCCUGCCUACGACGAAAUCUUUUGCGAUGAAGAAGAGGACGAAGAGCAUUCGGGAAGUGGCAGUGAAGAUGAUGAUGGGUCAGAGCCUUCCGGGAAGCGCACACGGUUAGAGGAGGAGAUAUUGGAGCGGACCCUGAAGAGGAGGCAGCGGAGAGAAUGGGAGGCCCGGAGGAGAGACAUCCUCUUUGACUACGAGCAGUACGAGUAUCACGGGACUUCAUCGGCCAUGGUGAUGUUUGACCUGGCGUGGAUGAUGUCCAAGGACCUGAACGACAUGUUGUGGUGGGCCAUCGUGGGACUCACGGACCAGUGGGUGCAGGACAAGAUCACACAAAUGAAGUAUGUGACGGACGUCGGCGUCCUGCAGCGCCACGUGUCCCGGCACAACCACCGAAACGAAGACGAGGAGAACACCCUCUCUGUGGACUGCACGCGCAUCUCCUUCGAGUACGAUCUUCCUCUGAAGCAGGUGAAGCAGAAGUUUCAGUCCAUGGACGUCUCCUUGAAGGAGAACUUACGGGAAAUGAUCGAAGAGUCUGCCAAUAAAUUUGGGAUGAAGGAUAUGCGUGUGCAGACCUUCAGCAUCCAUUUUGGAUUCAAGCACAAGUUCCUGGCCAGCGACGUGGUCUUUGCCACCACGUCUCUGAUGGAGAACCCUGAGAGGGACGGCUCGGGCACGGAUCACUUCAUCCAGGCACUGGACAGUCUCUCCAGGAGUAACCUGGACAAACUGUACCAUGGCCUGGAACUGGCCAAGAAGCAGCUACGUGCCACCCAGCAGACCAUCGCCAGCUGCCUCUGCACCAACCUCGUCAUCUCCCAGGGACCCUUCCUCUACUGCUCGCUCAUGGAGGGCACUCCGGAUGUCAUGCUGUUCUCCAAGCCUGCGUCCCUGAGCCUGCUCAGCAGACACUUGCUCAAGUCCUUUGUGUGCUCGACAAAGAACCGGCGCUGCAAGCUGCUGCCCUUGGUGAUGGCCGCCCCCUUGAGCGUGGAGCACGGCACCGUGACUGUGGUGGGCAUCCCCCCAGAGACUGACGGCUCAGACAGGAAGAACUUUUUUGGGCGGGCGUUUGAGAAAGCAGCGGAAAGCACCAGCUCCCGGACGCUGCACAACCAUUUUGACCUCUCAGUAAUUGAGCUCAAAGCUGAGGACCGGAGCAAGUUCCUGGAUGCCCUCGUCUCCCUGCUGUCCUGAGAAAGUGACUUCUUCAGAGCUGAACUCCACUUCCUCCUCCUUAUUUAUAUGGACUGGCUUUAUUUAGAGUGUAAGUUAUGUACAGAGUUCGAGGAGCAGGGACACGGACUUUUUUUUUAAUGAAAUAAAAUACUUAUUUUUAG